UUUUGUUCGGACCUAAUCUCUGGCUGUAUAUCCGGAUUAGCGAUUAUUUUUACAACUUUUGCUGCACUUUUUAGGUAAUGAAUGGGAUUACAUUUUUUUAAUCCAAUGCCAGCCGUGAGCUAUAAAAAAUCUAGCCGAGAAAAAAAACAAAAUUCAGGUCAGAUCCGCCGAUUGACCUGCGACCUAUGGGUCUCAUGAAUGGGCAGGUCAGAAGAAAAAAAUUGGGUAUAAAAUAGAGCUGAAAUUCUGAUGCAACCAGCAAACGCAGUUUAGCAAUCCAACAGCCAAGAUGUGCCAAAUCCAGCAGAAUAAUCCUUCCCAGCCGGCCAAGGAUUCAGCUCAAAAUUCCGGGGAUUCCCCGCCACGCUCUCCCACCGCCGCCUAUGCCAUGUUCCUGCACCGCGAGGAGCUGAGACGCCGUAAAGUCCACGUUUCUCGUGUUUCCGUGACUAAAAUUCACCUGACCAGCGAAUUGAUAGCAAAAACCAAACAGAAUAUAAGGCAGUGCAGCUUCGAGGAUCUGGAGAUCCUGGCCCGCGAGACGCUCUUCAAGAAGAAUCUACAAAGACAUUUGCAUUAUCGGAAAAUGCAAUAUCAGCUAUGGAUGAUGAACAAAAAGAAGCUGGCAGCCAAGCAAACCAAAUGAGAGAAGGGAAAAUAAGUUAAAUUAAUAUAAGAACAGCAAAAGUGAUAAAAAUAAGACUAGCUUUAGAAAUUUAAAAAUUGUAGAAAUGGAAUUAAAUUAAAUAAUU